GUUCGAUGGCGGAGGCCGGGAUUGAGGGCUACCAGUUGCAGGAGAAGCUUGGUGAGGGUUCGUUUGGCAAGGUGUACAAGGCACUCGAGAUCAAGACGGGCCGCGCCGUGGCCGUCAAGGUCGUCCCGGUGGAGCAGGACACGGGUGAAGUGGCGCGCGAGAUCGAGAUGCUCAAGGCAUGCGCGUCCGACAACAUUGUGCGCUACUACUCCUCCUUCACACGUGGCUCCGAGCUCUGGAUCGUCAUGGAGUUUUGUGCGGGAUCGUCGCUGUGCGACGUGAUGGAGGCGCGCUCGCGCUGCCUGACGGAGAGGCAGAUUGGCGCCGUGCUGGCCGAGACGCUGGCGGGGCUGUCGUACCUGCACAGCCUGAACAAGAUCCACCGCGACAUCAAGGCGGGCAACCUGCUCCUCACCGAGGAUGGCACGGUCAAGCUCGCCGACUUCGGCGUCUCGGCGCAGCUCAACACGUCCAUCUCGCGGCGCGGGACGGUGAUCGGCACGCCCUUCUGGAUGGCGCCCGAGGUGAUCUCCUCGCCGGGGCCGGAGGCGGGCUACAACUCCAAGGCGGACGUCUGGUCGCUCGGCAUCACCGCCAUCGAGCUCGCCGAGGGCUCGCCGCCAAAUUCGAACCUGCACCCGAUGCGCGCCAUCUUCCUUAUCCCGACGCAGCCGCCGCCGCAGCUCGCCGAGCCAGAGAAGUGGUCGGCGGCGUUCCGCGACUUUGUGGGCCGCUGCCUCACCAAGGAGGUCGAGAAGCGGCCCACCGCCACCGAGCUGCUACAGCACGCCUUCAUCCGGGAGGGGCGCAAGGCGGUCAGCGGCGCCGUCCUCAAGCAGCUGAUGGAGAGCGCGAGCGAGGCGCUGGCGGCGUGGCGCAAGCAGGCGCUCGAGGCGUCGGGCUCGCUGGAGGAGGACGAGCCGGGCACGCUCAAGCGGGGCGACACGCAGGAGUUCGACAUGGACGCCAUCCGCAAGGUCGCCGGCCGGCUCGGCGGCUCUGGCACGGUCGACGCGAGCGCCGCGUACGGCACGAUGGUGGUCAAGGAGUCGGCGGAGGCGGCGGGGGGGGGCGGCGACGCGGGCACGAUGAUCUUCCGCCACCCCUCCCCCUCCAGCAGCAGCAGCGGCACCGUCGUCCUCAACUCCGCCGCGCCCGCGCCCGCUUCGGUGCCAGGCUUCAUGCGCCAGUUCCAGUCAGCCAUCGGCAUGGGCGGCGGCGCGGCGGCGGGCUCGGCGGCGGGCGGCGGCGGCGGCGGCGCGGGCAGAGGUGGCGCGGCGGGGAGCGUGCCGGCGUCGCCGUCGGGCGACGGGGCGGGGGACCUCGGCGGCGGCGCAAACGGGCGGGCCGCGAAGGAGGCUGCGAGCAAGAAGUACGACUUUUCGCACCUGAGUCUCGCGGGCAUCGACGAGGAGCUGAGCGCGCUGGGCGCGAACCUAGAGCGCGACAUGGCUAAGCUGCGGCGGCAGUACGAGAAGCGCGAGCGAGCGCUCCGCCAGGCAAAGUCGGACAAGGGCGGGCGAUGAUACCGGGGAUCGAGCUACGAGCUGCGUACAGAGGGCCUGGCGCCGAGGGGGAGGGUCGCUCGCGGGGAGGAUGGCGAGUCGCCCGGGGUCUACGCGCACACGCACGCACACGAAACAGGACACGCGCCCAAAGAGGGAGCCACAUUCCUGUCCUCCUCUUGCUCUCUUGGCUUGCUGUCCCUCUUGAGCCCUCCGCUUCCCGCCGUCCACCGGCGACUCCGGUGUCCACUCGCCCUUCGCAUCUCGUCUACCUCUCUCCACCCGCGCUGCAUUCCUGUUGGCGAGAGUGAGACUGAGAGAGCGCGACUUCUCUCUUGUCACUUGUGUGACUGUGAGAGAGCGCUCGCACGUCGUCGUUGGACAGGACGUUGCGCAUGGCCAUGCCUCUAUGCCUAGUGUACCUUAAACUCGCCCGACCGGUCACCGGUCGACAC